GCGUUAAGGUUUUAGCGGUGGUGUGUUUGUGUGUGUUAUAUGUCUUCAAGUGUCGUGCAUGCAUUUUAUGCAUCUGUUGCUUUGCAUGCACACACACUCUCUCUUUCCUCUCUCUCUCUUUCUCUCUCAUCACUUUCUCUCUCUACAGACACACACGCCUCGUUUUCUCUCUCUAAAACCCCAGGUCAAAUUUCCAUUGCCUUACGCUGAUUUGAGUGAUUUCUCUCUGUUUUUCUUCGUUGCUUUGCUUCUCUUCUUCUUCAGCUAAGUGCUAAUGUAAGAUGCGUGUGGUUCUUGAGAUUUGAGGUGAUAGAUUUGAUAGCUAGCACUGCAAAGUUGGGUUCUCUUUCGUUCAUGUGAACGACCCAUUUGUUGUUUUUCAUUUGGGGUGAGAUAAAGUGGAAUUUUGCAAUUUGGAUUAAUGGGUUCCGACAUUUGCGUUGUGAAUGGUUCGUGCACUCACGAAUGGAGAAAGGGGUGGCCUCUGCGAUCUGGUGGAUUCGCUCAACUAUGCUGCAAGUGCGGAUUUAUGGAGGAGUGGAAGGGUGACAUCCUUGACCGGUUAUCUGCCUACGAGAAUUCAGUUUUCUGUAAUAAAUUCCACCGCCAACAAACUGGUUGGAGGGAGUGUAACUUUUGCAACAAGCCUAUCCACAGUGGAUGCAUAGUAUCUAGAUCUUUGUUCGGGUAUCUUGACUUUGGUGGCAUAGGUUGUGUCAGCUGUGUAAAUACUACCCAACUUAGUAUGAUGAGGAAUACUGAAAAUCCAAAUGUGUCAGUUUCGUCAAUAAAAAAUAAUGCGAGUGAUCGGCAUUCUGCUCAUUUUGAUGGAAGACUGCUUGUGGGUGGUGUUGAUGAAGGAAAACUUAUGCAAUUCUGCAAAAUUAUUGAAGCUAGUGAAUCCAGCCACUGGAAUCAUGCUCAAAGUGAUGGCAUAAUUGCACAUCAUGGGCAAAACAACCAAGAAGCCAAGUGUUCAUUCAGGGAAGGGGACAUUGGAUUUUCAAAUGUGAGGAAACCAUCCGUUCAGUCAUUGACAUUUGCUACGUUAGAAAAUAAUAGGUCAACAUGGGAGAUUAAAAACAUGCAUGAAUCAAAUGCACAGCCAUCUUUCAGUAUGUAUCUGGGAAAUGCAUCAGGGAACGACUCCGUCCCACCUUCUGCUGGAGAGGCUGUAGAAGGAAGACUCGAGGGAAAAACAUCUCCUCCCUUUCAAAGAUCUCGCCCUAUAUGUCCUAAACCAUUGAAGAGUGGGCUUACCAUGAAUGUGGAGACAGAUAAAGGUGCAAUUUCUCAAUCACGUGUUGCUCGGCCACCUGCAGAUGGCAGGGGCAAGAAUCAGUUACUUCCCCGAUAUUGGCCGAGGAUUACUGAUCAAGAGCUGGAGCGAUUGGCUGGAGAUUUGAAAUCCACUGUAGUGCCAUUAUUUGAGAAGGUGUUGAGUGCCAGUGACGCAGGUCGAAUUGGCCGUCUUGUUCUCCCAAAAGCCUGUGCUGAGGCAUAUUUUCCUCCUAUUUCACAAUCUGAAGGUGUUCCUUUGCGAAUGCAAGAUGUGAAGGGGAAUGAGUGGACAUUUCAGUUCAGAUUUUGGCCUAAUAACAACAGCAGGAUGUAUGUAUUGGAGGGUGUGACCCCUUGCAUACAGGCCAUGCAAUUAUGUGCUGGUGAUACUGUAACAUUUAGUCGGAUAGAUCCUGGAGGCAAACUAGUUAUGGGUUUCAGAAAAGCAUCAAAUUCUACAGAUACACAGGAUGCCUCCACAUCUGCACAAUCUAAUUCAGCAAAGGGAACCAUCUCUUCUGGUACUGAGAAUCUGCCAUCAGGAAGUAAUCAUGCCAAUCUUCUCCAUUCAUUGACAGGGAAUGUUGAAACUCACUUAAAUGGACAUACAGAACAUCUGCACUUGGGUACUGGAACUGCUGGAUUGCUUAAAACUGAAAAUAAUGAGAUGACAAACAGCAGUUCACCACAACAACAAAUUUCGGUUUUAGAGAAGAAGAGGACUCGCAAUAUUGGGCCUAAAAGUAAGAGGUUGCUAAUUGAUAAUGAAGAUGCCAUGGAGUUGAAACUUACAUGGGAAGAAGCACAAGAUUUGCUUCGUCCUCCUCCUAGUGUCAAGCCAAACAUUGUCACAAUUGAGGACCAAGUAUUCGAAGAAUAUGAUGAACCCCCUGUUUUUGGAAAGAGAACUAUAUUCAGUGCCUGUUCAUCUGGGGGGAAGGAACAAUGGGCUCAGUGUGAUGAUUGCUCUAAAUGGCGAAAGCUGCCCGUUGAUGCUCUUCUUCCUCCCAAGUGGACAUGUUCUGAAAAUGUUUGGGAUUCAAGCAGGUGUUCAUGCUCUGUGCCGGAGGAGUUAAGUUCAAAGGAAUUAGAAAAUCUUCUGAAAACCAACAAAGAUUUUAAAAAGCGGCGAAUUGCAGAAAGCAGCAAGUCAAUCCAAGAACACGAGGCUUCUGGCCUGGAUGCCCUUGCCAGUGCAGCUGUCCUUGGAGAAAAUCUUGUUGACACUGCCGAGUCAUCAGCUGGAGCCACCACCAAACAUCCUAGACACCGUCCCGGCUGCUCUUGCAUCGUAUGCAUUCAGCCACCAAGUGGAAAGGGGAGGCAUAAGCCAACCUGUACGUGCAACGUGUGCAUGACCGUGAAGCGCCGGUUCAAAACCCUCAUGCUAAGGAAGAAGAAACGGCAAUCUGAACGCGAAGCAGAUACUGCCCAAAAAGACCAAACUCUCCUGAAAGAUGAGCCGGAUACCAACGGAGCACCGAGGGACGAUACAAGUCGGUUGGAGAAAGAGGUGGGACUAAACAAAAGUCAACAUCAGGUGGGUGAGUCCAGUACUGGACAGAUCGAUCUGAAUUCUCAUCCCAACCGCGAAGACAUGCAAGUGGAAACCACAGGACUUAACAUGUCUAGUCAUCUUGAACCAGCAACAAACCAUACAGUAGGAGAAUUUAUGGACAAAAAUGACCUAAGAAGAAGCUUCAAUAAUGAAGUGCAGACUGGUCAGAAUUCUUCUUUGCACACUCCUCCUCAAUCUAGUGGAGAAGGUCAGAGAUACUUCUCUGAUGGAAGAUGCUUUGCAUCCAUUGUGUGGAACCAGGAAAGAAAGGAUGAGGUACAUAGUCAACCCAAUCAGAGUCAAAACAAUCUUUCUUAACAAUUUAGUUAUUUAUUUUAAUAUUCAAACCUUUUUUUGUUUCUUUACUGGAAUUUUUUAUGAUAUUUCUCCUUACUUGCACUCGCAAAAGUAUAUAUUUUUCCUUCUUUUUCAAAGGGGUGGUCAAAGAUAGUUCGUUCUCAUAAAAAAAAUAAUGUAAUUUUUUGUAUCGUUUGUCUUUGAAGUUUUUAUUUAUUUAUUUUUAUUUUUCAUGGAAGUGGGUCGUGCACAUUUCUUUCUUUGACAAUGUAUUUGUUUGUCGGUUAUAUGAAUGAAACAUAGGAAAAAGUUUACAUUU